AGAGCCAUAAAAAUAUUAUAAUAUUUUAGAAUACUACAAGUGUAAAUUAAAAUGGCGAAUUUAACUAGUUAUAUCGAAUAUUGAAUCAAAAGAUUAACCUUAUCAAAGGAAAAAAAAGAGAGGAAGAAAAGACAGAAGUGGGGUUUACAAGAACAAAAGAAAAAAGAAGCCAAAACCCCUGAGAUCUCGCCCUUAAUCCUCCGACUAGCGAGAAGCAAGAACAAAGGCUUUUCACAGUGAAGAACACGAGGGUUUUGCUCGCAAAGAUUUUCUCUAUCUCACACAUUCACGAUAGGAAAACUAAAUGUUGGCCAGAGGCAGAAAAGUUGCUGGGAAGGGGGAGACAGUGGCUGCACAUUAUGCUUUUGGCCCACUUGAAGAUGAUUUUAUUAUUAAGCAUAGACUUCUUACUCGCACAACAACCACCAGAGGCGAACCGCCGUUGAAGAAACUUCAGAAAAAGUUUAAUGCUUUUGCUUCGGAGGUAGAGAAGGAAGCUGAUAACUAUGGCGAUUGUGAAAAACUUGCCAAAGCUUUUUUGCAAGAGCUAAAUACGUUUGAGAUUCCGCUCCUAAAGAGCAAAGCAGUCAUAGAUGCAAACCUUAGAGAGAAGGAGAAUUUCAAUGACCUGAAAGAUGAGAUAAAUGGACAAAUAUUACAAGCUCAGGCCGAUAUAGAAGAUCUCAAGAGGCAACUUGAAGAAAGCAAGAUAGAGAGGCAGCAUAAAGAAGAGUGUGAGGCCAUCAGGAAGUUGGUUGCGAUGCAGCCUCCAAGAUCUGAAACUCAGAAAGUUAUUACAGACCUUGAGAAAGAGAUAGCCAUGUUGGAGGCGGAGAAUACUGCUAGUUCAAGAACAUUAGAGCUUCGUAAAAAGCAAUUUGCGCUUCUGUUACACGUGGUAUGUAUCUUUCCGUAGAAUCCAUCUUGUUUG